UAAUCACUAAAAUAUCUGUGUUUAAUUACAGUAUAGGUGUUUUUUUCGUUCAUGUGAUGCAUGAAUUAUUCAUGUAACAGAGUCUCCAGGGUUCUCGGCGGCGGGUACGCUCCUCCCAUGCUCUAGUCUCACUUGGCUUCUUUACUCUCCUGUUCUGCUGAGUUUCAUACUUCAUUGGAAAACAGGGAUGGUGUCUCCUGCCAUUGCUUUUGCCUUCAUCCCCCUUCUGCUGACACUGAUAAUCAGGUACCGCUUCUAUUUUGUGCUGUUCUAUCGAGCAGUCCUGGUUAGGAUCUGGAAGGACUGUGUAACUGGUUUGAGCAGAGAGGAACGUGCGUUCCAGUACGUCCUAACUCAUGCGACCCCUGGGGACACUGACAGCAUCCUCGAUGCUUUUGAUAGCUGGUGCAGCAAGGUGGAGUACAUCAGUAACAUCGGGCCUAAAAAAGGAAAAAUCCUGGACCGGCUGCUGAUGGAGCAAAGCCCUUUGACCGUGUUGGAACUGGGAGCUCAUUGUGGUUACAGCACAGUGAGAAUCGCCCGGGCUCUGCCUCUGGGGGCCCGGCUCUACAGCGUUGAGAUGGAUCAAGGGAACGCAGCCAUUGCUGAGAAAAUAAUCCGUUUGGCAGGAUUUGAUGACGACACGGUGGAACUCAUUGUGAAUCCAUCUGAUGAGGUAAUCCCUCGACUGCGGUCUGACUACCAGUUGGAGAGGCUGGAUUUUGUCUUCAUGGACCACUGGAAGAAAUGCUACCUGCCCGACCUCCAGUUACUGGAGAGCUAUGGUCUGCUGGGAAAAGGGUCUAUGAUUGUGGCUGACAAUGUGCUGUUCCCUGGGGCUCCGAAGUUUCUCCGAUAUCUCCGGAAGUGCGGUUUAUACGAAUGGAAGAUCCACCGGGCAACGCUAGAGUACAGCAAGGGCAUCAGGGAUGGGAUGGCUGAGUUGAUCUACCAGGGAAUCAAAUAAAAUACACUUCUACUGUUUAGAUAUAGGUUACAAAUGAGAAUUUCCAUAAAAUCCUACUACCAUUUAAGUAAAGUGUCUUCCAAUG